AUGGACCAGAAGAAGCUCCGGGAGCUGACCAAGCAGGAGAAAGCUCGGCGUGGGCCUGGGCAGGGCACUGCGGUCUUGUCAGCGCUCAAGAGGAAACAGGAAGCCAAGGCAGAGUUGGCAAAGGCAGAGUUGGCAAAACGUGCCAAAGCCGAGACUGCAAAGAUGCUACCUCCAGCUGUUCCGAAGACAGCAGGUGCAGAUCCGAAAGCUCCUGAGGAGGCGGAAGUUCCUGAAGCAAAGGAUGCAGAAGAGAUCCCAGCUGCUGCCGACAAAGAGAUCACUGAGCCUGUUGAAGAGGAGGAAGAAGAGGAGGCCAUUGUGGGCCCACUUGUGGCACCAGCUGAGAGCCAGCAGCUCAAGGCUACAGGCACGCUGUCCGCAGCGCCGGCAGAGGCACCGAAGGCUACCGAAGCGGACGCCGAAGAAGGACAAGACGAUCAGGCCCUGCCUGAAGGGUUCUUUGACGACCCAGAGCUGGAUGCAAAAGUGAGGGGAAUGGAGGCACCAUCUCGAAAGGCUGAAAGGGAAAUCGAGGAGGGCCUCCGAAGGUUUGAAAGGGAGAUGGCAGCCGAGCAAGAGAAGGCUGAGGAAACCAGGCACGCGAUUGACGAGAAGAAAUAUGAAGCCGUAGCCGCAGAGGAGGAGGAGUUUCAGACGCAGCUGGAGUCUCGACUGGUGAAGCUUCGACAGGCGGCGAGCGAAAGGAAGAAAGGCAUGGACGGCGCAGAUGCACCUGUCUCUGAUAUGUUCUCCCAAGGAGAUGCAUCGGAGCCCCAUCACAACAAGCACGCCUCAGAGCAUGCUCUGGAGCUUACAGAGCCCGCCAUAUCCCGAACCGUGCUCUUCGAGGGUAAGCUGCGGGAAGUUCGCGUGGCGGCUGAGCGCAAUGCCGACAACCUGAAGCAGCUUCACCAGAAGCUCUCUAGCCAAGACGGGCUGAAGAAGACUAUUGAUUCCUUCCGCUCUGAGCUUGGUGAAUGGGACAGAGAGCGACGGGACCACGAACACCUCUUAAACGAGAAGACCUGCCUUCAGGAAAAUGAGCUGAGUGCUCUUCGCAAGAUGAUUGAGGUGCAAGCCUACUCGACGGAGGCGUGCCAGCGCGGCCUGAAGAACGUAGGGGAUCUGCUAGCUGCGACAAAGGACGAAGUCACCCAACUUCGCGACUACUGCUGCGAAAGGGUCGAUGUUAACAGAGACAAGAUCAUGAAACUCAGAGAUGAGAUUGAAUCAAAGUUCGCAGCAAGUGAAAGCACGCAGUUCAAGCUGCAUGACGACGUCACGAACAUGGCCACUGUUUUUGCCCACUUGAAGUCGGAGAUGGAGCGCAUUGGCUUGGUAACCGCUGAAACAAUGGAGAGUGUUGCCGAUCUCUGGCGUGCAAAGGCUUCGGCAUCCAGUGUAGAGGAGCAGCAGCAAACGUUCAUCGAGUUUCAGCGGAAUCUGAAUGAUGCCGUCGCCGCACUCAGGCUACGAGUCAACAGCGUGGUGGACGAAGUGAAGGGCCACUUUCAGACAGCUGUCCGAGUGAUCUCAACGUCCACAUCCAAGCAGAUCGACACCAUGCGCACGCAGUACGCUGAGGACAUUGGCCGGAUGGACGAGGUCAUGCAGCAAAACGCGAGCCUGAACCAGAUCCUCCGUGGAAGCGAAGACCAAGCAAAAGCUCACCUGCAGCAGCUGCAGGAAGACUUGAACAAACAGAUCCAGGAGCUGAAGAUUGGCCUUGCGGAGAAGGUGAAGGUGGACCCAGUGAGCGAGCAGUACGUGUUGGAGGUCCAGCAGCUUCGGCGGGCGUGGAAGGACCACCAGGAGAACUUGGCCGUUCACGAUCGGGCGCGAGCGUUGGAGAGGGAUGCAAUGCAUGCCAUCGUCGAGAGUCAGCUCAUCGCAGCACAGAUGAACUUCCAAGAUGAUCAGGACAGGAAGAACGUUGCCCUCUUCGGCUGCAAGCCGGAGAAGGGUGAUCGGGAUGGGCUUCUACCCAACAUCGAUCAAACUCCUCGGAAGAAGGAGGUCAAGACCACAUCUCCCAUUAUUUCCCUGGACAAGCGCUGCCUUUCCUGUUGCAGCAACACUGGGACUGUCCUCGCGGGCUUCAAGAUCGCUUGCUUGAAUUACACACCGGGUCCUGUGGAGUACCACCAAGUCUCCUAUUCCCGUGCUGAGCUCCUCCAUUUGCAGUUAAAGCUCUUGGACCAAGCCCAAGACCGAAUGCACCGAGCAGCGGGUGUGUGA